AGAGCGGGGGGAUGGCAGUGACGUCACGGCGGGCGGGUGAGGGCGGCGAUGGCGGUGACGUCACGGCGAUGGCGGCGCCGGGCCGGGCGCUCCCCUCAGGGCCCUCCUCCAAGUGGGACAUCCGGGAGAAGGUGUGGGAGCACCUGGAGGCCUCCGGUCUGGCCGAGUUCCCGCGGCCCGUGCGCGGCCGCAUCCCCAACUUCAAGGGCGCCUCCCAUGCUGCCACGAGGCUUCUGGGCUUGCAGGAGUUCCAGGCUGCCUGUACAGUAAAAAUAAACCCCGAUGCUCCCCAGAGGAACGCCCGCUUCCUAACGCUGGAAGCAAGGAAGACUUUGCUGGUUCCCACACCACGUCUGAGGACUGGGCUGUUCAAUAGGAUUGUUCCCCCUCCAGGUGCAACCAAGGAGAUCCUGAGAAGAUGUGCCACGUCUCAGGGUGUAAAAGACUACAGCGUGCCUGUGGGGCUGGAUGGGAAAGCACAAGUGGAUUUGGUUGUGGUGGGAUCAGUGGCUGUCUCUGAAAAAGGCUGGAGAAUUGGCAAAGGGGAAGGUUAUGCAGACAUGGAAUAUGCAAUGAUGGUGUCCAUGGGUGCAGUGCAGGAGGACACACCUGUGGUUACCAUCGUGCACGACUGCCAGGUGCUUGACAUAGCAGAGGAGAUCCUGGAUGAUCAUGAUUUAACUGUGGAUUACAUCCUCACUCCAACAAGGACUAUCCAGACUAAUUGCAAGCGACCAAAACCUCAGGGAAUAAUGUGGCACAAGGUCAGCUCUGAGAUGCUGGGAAAAAUCCCCAUCCUAAAGACUCUUCGAUCCAGGGAGAAGCAGGCUGGCAAGGAUGUCACCCUCCAAGAUGAACAUCCAGCCCUGGCAAACACCAACAGAGCAGCAAUUUCAAACAAGAAGGUGAUGGCUGCAAAUACCCAAACACGGGCUGCUCCAGGCUCAGCUCCAGUGGGACAACCCCGUGUGGAAAGUGAUCCUGUGAAUCCCAAAUUAGAGGGAUCUGACACAAUUAGCAGUGUGUACGUGGGGAACUUGCCUGGCAGGCUGAGGGGAAGGGCUCAAGGAAAGCUUUGGAGCUGCAUCCAGCCCUGGGAUCCCAGCACAGGAAGGACAUGGAGCUGUUGGACAGAGUCCAGAGGAGACACCAGGAUGAGCAGAGGGAUGGAGCAGCUCUGCUGGGAGGAAAGCCAGCGGGAAGUUCCUUGCCAGAGGUGCCGCAGGGAUGUGCGGAUCAGAAAAUUCCCGGGAUGGAGGAGGAGGAAAAAAAGGAACCGCGGGCUCCAUCCCGGCAGCCUCACGCCUGGAAUUCGAAGGAGAGGCAGAGAGCUGUCAAACCGCGCCUUUUGCCGUAGGAAAAAACGGAAUAAUCCUAAUAAUAAAAAGCUAAAAAGAAAAAGCACCGCCGUUUUUCCUCCUUCUGCGUUUCAAUAUCCUCAAAUCGAAAUAUUUCCCAGCAGGGAAAUUGGCAACCAGGACUCCGCGAAGGUGAAAAAAGCCUAAAAAGUCGAUUUUGAGUCUGGGAAUUAUUGCCCGAGGGUUUGCAGGGCCGGGCCGGGGCUGCGCGGCCCCUCCGAGGCCACGGACUCCUCAUUAAUUAAGCUUAAUUACACCGCAUGCUCGUUUAUUUGCUGCUCAUACAAUCGUGAAGCCCAUGUACAAAUAACAUACAGGUUUUAUUUCGGGAUUUUUUUUUUCUUUAGGGACAAAACGUACACAAAAAAACAAAACAAAAAAAAAAAAGGCGAAAAAAAACCAAAACAACAAAUCCACAUAAUUACAAUUUUAUACAGUGCAGAAAGAAUUAAAAUAGGUGUCACCGAACUGUACAACGUCAGGGUGG